AAUUAUUCAUAGGCCUACUAAUUUUUUCCCACUGGUGACCUUACAAUAGGAUUCAGUUCGAAAAAGUGACAAACAAUUUAUAUCCAUUAUUACAUACAAAUGGUUCUUGUACUUUUGCGAGUUUCUUUUCUCGAGAACGUUUGUAAAUCUCGUAGACAUGGUAGACAGAGCAAGAUGGCGGCGCGCAAUCCUGGUACCGAACUUGAUUUGGAAUGGGUUGAGAGUGUGCGUGUGAAUAAACCAGCAUGCUUCAGAAGGGCAGAAGAGUUGAAAGUUCGCAGGGGAGUCAAGAAAAACACACAGAUUGCCUGGUUGCUAAAGGCAAUGACCUGUAUUGACCUAACAACCUUGUCAGGUGAUGAUACAGAGACCAAUGUGGGGAGACUUUGUUUCAAAGCAAAACAGCCUAUGAGGCCUGACCUCCUGGAAGCUGUUGGCAUGCAAGACAGAGGUUUGACAGUUGGGGCGGUCUGUGUGUACCCAGCAAGAGUGGCUGAUGCUGUCCAAACAUUGAAAGCACUAGGAGCCUCUCACAUCCCUGUUGCAUCAGUUGCUACUGGUUUUCCUGCUGGACAGACACACUUCAAGACAAGACUUGCAGAGAUCAAAAUGGCUGUAGAGGAUGGAGCUAGGGAGAUUGAUAUUGUCAUCAACAGAGCUUAUGCUCUAGCUGGCAACUGGAAAGGUGUAUAUGAAGAGGUCCGAGCAUUCCGUGAGGCUUGUGGACCAGCUCAUAUGAAGACUAUCUUAGCUACAGGGGAACUAGGCUCAUUAGUGACUGUGUACAAAGCAAGCUUAGUAGCAAUGAUGGCAGGCUCUGAUUUCAUCAAAACAUCAACUGGUAAGGAAGGGGUGAAUGCCAUCCUUCCUGUUGGUUUGGUUAUGGUAAGAGCUAUCAGAGAAUACCACAAGAAGACAGGAUACAGGGUUGGUUUCAAGCCAGCUGGUGGUAUACGCACAGCUAAGGAUUCAUGUGCAUGGUUAGCCUUGAUGAAGGAAGAGCUAGGAAAUGAUUGGUUGACCCCUGACCUGUUCCGUCUUGGGGCAAGCUCAUUGUUGGGUGAUAUUGAGAGGCAGAUCUUCCAUGGUGUAACUGGCCGAUACGCAGCAGCGCAUGAAUUUGCUAUGGCUUAGAGGUACAUGUACUGUCAUCUUUGAUUCCCUUCAGUACUGAGUUUGGUUUCGAGAUAACUUAAGUCACUCCACUUUUCGAUAAUUCAGUUUGCAAGCAACCCAUGACCACUGUGAGUGACAUUGAGUACCAUCCGCCACACUGACUUAUUGGAAUGUUGUUACACUGAACUGUGAAUUCUCUGGAUUCAGACAGAGAUCCUUUAUAGUGUGAGAUUUGAAACACCAGUGGAUUGUUCGAGGUGGUUCGAAAUAGUGCAGUGACUAUGAGUUAAAGCAACAUUGCAUUUAUUCUGGAUGAUGCAAAUAGGAUGUGGAUGUAAUAACAAAAGCUCUGACUCCAAAUUUAAAUUUAGAUUUCUUGUUGCAUAAUACGGACUUGAGUAAUCUACGUAGUAGACAUCUUUGAUGCACAAAGACACAUAUCAUCUUGGGCAUGGCUUGGAUUUUCUCCCUAAAGAGGGGCCAUUUUUUUUAGUAUUUUAAAGCAACUUUGUGAUUUUCAUCCCCUUUCAUCGUUUUCUCAUUUCUUUUGUUUGUCCCCCAUUCACUUUCAAUUUAUCAAUUUUAUUUUUGGGGGGGGCUAGUGGCUCCCACUGCCACACCCAUGCAUGUCAUCCAUUUAAUGUCAUCAUUUUAUUACAUUGAGUGUUUCAUCAUCUUGACAGCCUAUUUGAAGCAUAACUCCUUCCUGAACUAUGAACUAUCAACACGUUGUGUACUAAUAUGUUAGUCAUCUCAGUCAUCAGUUGUCCCUCUGUGUGUUUUAUACAGACUGUGUCUGUUCAGAACCAGAAUACCAAGGGUGCACAAAGAGUCAAAUUGUCAUAAAUCUUUCUUCUGAAACUAUCGCUUUGAUUAACCCUAACACUCCUCAGACCUUCACCUGUUGGAGGACUGAGGAGUGUUAGGGUUAAGGAUUAAGUAAUGAAAAUAUGAAGUCAUUAUCUGUUGUACCUACAACGCUGCAGCUUCUCUGUAUGGUGGAAAAUCAGUCUUGAAAUUUAAUAGGUUUUUGCAUUUCAAAGAGUACCUGUAUUCUAACAAUAUUUAUAACAAAUUUAAGGGCAUAUUUCACUUUGGGGAUUUUUCUGGAUGUAUUAAACACUGAAUAAACAAACACUUGUUAAACACUAGAUAUAACAUUGGCUAUUGUAUUUAAAUUUGUGGUUUUCGGCCUAGUAUGUUUACUCCAAUUUUUUUGGCAUUACAGUUGUUGACUGAGGGCAAAUUUAUUUUCAUUAAAUGUUUAUAAAGCUCAAUAUUUGUACUAAUUCUGUGAUUUAUACUGUAAAGUCUUCCAACAGAUGGAGCGAAUGUUUUUCAUUGUAAGGCUUCAGGUUUAUGAUUUUGAGUCAGUUCAAGACAUCAGUAAACCAUUUUGGACAAUGGUUUUUUAAUAAUUUACCUAAAGAUUGGAAAGGUUUUAAGUAUUACCAAUCAGUAUGAAUGUGACAUACUGAUUGCAUAUUGUAAAUUAAAUCAUGAAUAAACAUUGACUUUCCAUGUUUAUUUUCCAGA